AUGGGCCAAAUUUUAUCCAACCCAUUAACCGAAAAAACCAUAUAUUAUCAACCUUUUAAUGGAAAUGACCCUUCAAAAUAUCUACAGUUUUUUUCAGGUGUUGGAUCCAUGAAGGGGUAUAGAAUGACGCAAGAAGACUCUCAUUUAAUUUGUAACGGUAAUAAUAACCAUACUAAGCAAUAUUCUAAUGAAGAUGAAUCACAUAAAGAUGAAUUCACCGUUACUUUCAGAAAUCCAUUUAAUUCUGAGAAAUUCAAUAAAAAGGAAAAAUUGAACAUCUCAAUGUUUGCUGUUUUUGAUGGCCAUGGCAAUGAAAAAAUAUCAACCUAUCUAAGCAAAAGAUUAAAUUAUUGGAUUAAAUGGGCUUUAGAAAAUCAUAAUUAUAACAGGUAUCCACCAUCUGAUACUAAGACUGAAAUUAACAGUAAAGAGAAAAGGUGGUGUAGAAAUUUCAAUACUUUGCAAGGACUAUUAGCACAGAUAUUCAAAGAUGCAUUUAUUUAUCAGGACCAGGAACUAUAUAAACAUUUUGCUAAGAUGCAAUGUGGAUCCACUGCUAUUGUAUUGAUCAUAGUCAAUAGAAAAACCAUCUACUGCUGUAACACUGGUGAUAGCAGGUGUAUAUUAUCCACAAAACCAACAAUUUCACAACAACAAAAAAUCAUGUCUUCACCUUUAAAUAACAACAACCAUACUGCUAAUAAUAAGGUAGGCGGAGUUAGAAACAAAAUGCAUCUACAUCGUAGAAAUAACAGUGACAAUGUUAGUAACAACAGUGUUGCCAAUAGUAAUACCAAAACAGCUAACUAUGAAGGUAACAAUGCCACUCCCAGGUUGUCCUCCUCCGAGUUAGUACCAUAUCUAAACCAUAAAUAUUGUUGUGUCAAAAGUCUAAGUUUUGAUCAUAAACCUCUACAUAUAGGCGAAUUGAUAAGAAUUAAUGAUAACGGCGGUGUUGUGUCACUAGGGAGAGUUGGUGGUGUGUUAGCGCUAAGUAGAGCUUUUGGUGAUUUCCAGUUUAAGAAGAACAAUUUUGUGUAUCACAAAUCCAUUCCUCAAGAACAGCAAGUUUCCGUGGAACCAGAUGUUAUAGUACAUGAAAUUGAUUAUAAUAAAGACGAAUUUCUGGUUUUGGCAUGUGAUGGUAUUUGGGAUGUCUAUUCCAAUAGAAAUUUAGUACAGUUUGUUAGGUAUCAUUUAGCUUUAAAUAUUAAAUUUGAUGAAAUUGUUAGGAAAUUGUUAGAUCGCGGUAUUUCCUGUGCUGAUAGUAAUACUGGGGCUGGGUUUGAUAAUAUGACAGUUAUGCUAGUUGCGUUGAAUAAACCUAAUGAAUCACACGAAUAUUGGUAUUCUAGGAUUAAAAAUAGGUUAGAAAGAGAAAAACGAAUUGUUUAG